UUGCACAAGAACCUAAAAGCAUUUAACAUCUACAGAAUGAAAAGAUGGCACGGGCAAUGCUGGUACCACCAGGACCUGACAGCUUCUUCUAUUUCACCGAAGAAUCCCUUGCAGCUAUUGAAAAACGUAUUGCUGAUGAAAAAUUUCAUUGUCACCCAGAGGAGCCUACAGAUGAUGCUGGUCAUGAAGAAAAUAGUCCAGAGCCAAAUAAUGACUUAGAGGCAGGAAAGACACUGCCAUUUAUUUAUGGUGAUAUUCCUCCAGGAAUGGUGUCUGAACCCCUGGAGGACCUGGAUCCAUAUUAUAUUAAUAAAAAAACAUUUAUAGUACUGGAUGGAGCGAAGACAAUCCACAGGUUCAGUGCCACACCUGCCUUGUACCUUUUAUCUCCUUUCAAUAUCACUAGAAGACUAGCUAUUAAGAUUUUGGUUCAUUCAUAUCCUUUUCAAGUGGUCAUUAUGCUCACUAUUUUGGCAAAUUGUGUAUUUAUGACAUGGAGGAAUCUCCCAGAAUGGGCGAAGAAUGUAGAGUACACUUUCACUGGAAUUUAUACUUUUGAAUUUCUAGUAAAAGUCUUUGCAAGAGGCUUCUGUAUAAAUGAUUUUACUUGCCUUCGUGACCCCUGGAACUGGCUUGAUUUUGUUGUCAUUUCCUUUGCAUAUGUGACAGAGUUUGUGGACCUGGGCAAUGUCUCAGCGUUGAGAACAUUCAGAGUUCUCCGAGUUUUGAAAACAGUGUCAGUCAUUCCAGGCUUGAAGACUAUUGUUGGAGCCUUAAUUCAGUCAGUGAAGAAGCUCUCGGAUGUGAUGAUCCUGACUGUGUUUUGCCUGAGCGUAUUUGCGCUGAUAGGGCUGCAGCUGUUUAUGGGCAACUUGAAGAAUAAAUGCCUGUUCUGGCCAUCAGUAAAUUCAACAGCUUUUAAAAAAUACGUAGUUCCAUACUUUAAUGGUACAGAAUUUGAUUGGACAGCGUACAUUAAUGAAGAAAGUCAUUUCUAUCGUCCAGGAGGAGCAAAGGAUUUUUUGCUUUGUGGCAAUAGCACAGAUGCAGGUAAAUGCCCAGAAGAGUUUAUCUGUGUGAAAGCUGGUAAAAACCCUAACUAUGGAUAUACUAGCUUUGACACAUUCAGCUGGGCUUUCUUGUCACUGUUCCGACUGAUGACACAGGACUAUUGGGAAAAUCUUUAUCAGUUGACACUACGAGCUGUUGGCAAAUCAUACAUGAUAUUUUUUGUUGUGGUGAUUUUUCUGGGUUCCUUCUAUUUGAUUAACUUGAUUUUGGCUGUGGUGGCCAUGGCCUAUGAAGAGCAAAACCAGGCAACUAUUGUUGAAGCAGAGCAGAGGGAGGCAGACAUUAAGCUGACACUUGAACAACUGCGGAAGCAGCAAGAAGAAGCUCAGGUAUUUUCUAACAAGACUGCAGUAGAGAUGACUGAGUACAGCUGUGAAAGUGGGAAUGCUGCACCCUCAGAUAGUUCUUCAGAUGCAUCCAAACUUAGCUCAAAAAGUGCCAAAGAAAGGAGAAAUAGAAGGAAGAAAAGAAGGCAGAGAGAGCUCUCUGGAGAAGAGGAUGACAUGAAGGAUGAAAAGCUUCCAAAAUCUGAAUCAGAUGGCAGUAUCAAAAGGAAAAGUUUCCGUUUUUCUUUUGAUGGGAACAGACUAACUUAUGGGAAGCCAUUUACAUCACCUCACCAGUCUUCGCUGAGUGUUCAUGGCUCCCUGUUUUCUCCCAGGCCUAGUAGCAGAACAAGUCUUUUCAGUUUUAUAGACGAUGGAAGAGAGAAAGGGUCUGAGAAUGACUUUGCUGACGAUGAGCACAGCAUGUUUGAGGAUACCUCGAGCAGAAGAGGCUCUCUGUUUGUGCCGCGCAGGCACGGCGAACGGCGCAGCAGUAACAUUAGCCAGGCCAGUAGGUCAUCCAGAAGGCUGAUAGCCUUCCCAGUGAAUGGGAAGAUGCACAGCUCUGUGGAUUGCAAUGGAGUGGUUUCCUUGGUGGAUGGACCGCCAGGCCUGUUGUCUCCUACUGGACAGCUUCUGCCAGAGGUGAUAAUAGAUAAACCAGCGACUGAUGGCAAUAGCACUACCACAGAAAUAGAAACAAAAAACAGACGUACAAGUUCGUAUCAAAUACCAAUGGAGUUGCUGGAGGAUCCUGAUUUAAGGGAAAGGGCCAUGAGUCUAGCUGAUGUUAUCACAAAUAGAAUGGAAGAACUUGAAGGAUCCAGAAAAAAAUGUCCACCUUGCUGGGAUAAGUUUGCCCACACUUUCUUAAUUUGGGCGUGUUGUGAGCCCUGGUUGAAAGUAAAGAGUGUAGUUGAAUUCAUUGUAAUGGAUCCAUUUGUCGAUCUGGCUGUCACUGUUUGCAUAGUUUUAAACACACUAUUUAUGGCCAUGGAACAUUAUCCAAUGACUGAUCAAUUUGCUGCUGUACUUACAAUAGGAAAUCUGGUUUUUACUGGAAUUUUUGCAGCAGAAAUGGUUCUCAAGAUAAUUGCCAUGCAUCCUUUUAAUUAUUUCCAAGUUGGCUGGAAUAUUUUUGAUAGUUUUAUAGUUACUCUUAGUUUGGUGGAACUCUUUUUGUCAAACGUGGAUGGAUUAUCCGUUCUCCGAUCAUUCCGACUGUUGCGAGUUUUCAAAUUGGCAAAAUCUUGGCCAACCCUAAAUAUGCUGAUUAAGAUUAUUGGCAACUCAGUGGGGGCUCUGGGGAACCUGACCCUGGUGCUGGCCAUCAUUGUGUUCAUUUUCGCUGUGGUUGGGAUGCAGCUGUUUGGGAAAAGGUACAAGGAAUGUGUCUGCAAGAUCUCCAGUGACUGUGAACUUCCUCGCUGGCACAUGCACGACUUUUUCCACUCUUUCCUGAUUGUAUUCCGAGUGCUGUGUGGAGAAUGGAUAGAAACAAUGUGGGACUGCAUGGAGGUUGCAGACCAAGCCAUGUGCCUUAUUGUUUUCAUGAUGGUCAUGGUGAUUGGAAACCUAGUGGUAUUGAAUCUUUUUCUGGCCUUGUUGCUGAGCUCGUUUAGUUCAGACAACCUUACUGCUACAGACAAUGAUAAUGAAAUGAACAACUUGCAGAUUGCUGUUGCAAGAAUUCAGAAGGGAAUAGAUCAUGUGAAGAAAAAAGCAGGUGAAUGUGUCCGAAAGUCUUGUUUGGGAAAACAAGCUGCUGUAAAUCAAAGAACAGCAACAGAUCAGUUGCGUGAUGAGAGAAAGUAUGGCAUUUCCAACUGUACCACCACUGAACUAAUGAUAGAUGCAAAUUAUGGAAAAAAUGAAAAUGGAAUGGCCACUCUUAUAGGUGGAAAUGAUUAUGCAUCAUUCAUAAACAACCCAAGCCUUACUGUUACAGUACCAAUAGCUGUUGGAGAAUCUGAUUUUGAGCAUCUGAAUACAGAAGAGUUUAGCAGUGACUCAGAUUUGGAUGAAAGCAAGGAGAAGGUAGAUUUUUCCAGCUCGUCAGAAGGAAGUACAGUUAAUUUAGCUGUCUUUGGAGAAGAAAAAAGUGAAACUGAAUCAGAAAAAGCAUCAGAGCUACAGGCAUGCUUUACAGAAGGCUGUGUACAGAAGUUUAAAUGCUGUAAAGGCAAUAGGGACAGCACACAAGGAAGAAUCUGGUGGAAUCUUCGGAAAACCUGUUACAAGAUAGUAGAGCACAACUGGUUUGAAUCAUUCAUUGUCUUCAUGAUUCUUCUCAGCAGUGGUGCUCUGGCUUUUGAAGAUAUAUAUAUUGAAAAGCACAAGACUGUAAAAAUCCUGCUGGACUAUGCUGAUAAAAUCUUUACUUAUGUCUUUAUUCUGGAAAUGGUGCUAAAAUGGGUUGCCUAUGGUUUUCAGACUUACUUCACUAAUGCUUGGUGCUGGCUGGACUUCCUGAUUGUCGAUGUCUCGUUGGUUAGCUUAGUAGCUACUGCUCUUGGUUUCUCAGAAUUUGGUGCAAUUAAAUCCCUCCGAACAUUAAGAGCUUUGAGACCUCUAAGAGCUUUGUCACGUUUUGAAGGCAUGAGGGUGGUUGUGAAUGCUCUUACUGGAGCAAUCCCAUCCAUCAUGAACGUACUUCUGGUUUGUCUUACAUUCUGGCUAAUUUUCAGCAUCAUGGGAGUAAAUCUGUUUGCUGGCAAGUUCUAUCACUGUGUUAACACCACAAAUGAUGAGAUGUUCACACCACAGCAAGUCAGUAAUAGAAGUAUGUGUGAAGAUAUGAGCAGGAGUACUGGAGGUGUUCGGUGGAGAAAUGUGAAAGUAAACUUUGAUAAUGUUGCAAUUGGUUACCUUUCUCUGCUUCAAGUGGCAACCUUUAAAGGAUGGAUGGAAAUUAUGUACGCUGCAGUUGAUUCUACAGAAGCAGAGAAACAGCCCAAGUAUGAAGACAACCUGUACAUGUACCUAUACUUUGUGGCCUUUAUAGUCUUUGGAUCAUUUUUCACCCUAAACUUAUUCAUUGGUGUCAUCAUAGAUAACUUCAACCAACAAAAAAAGAAGCUUGGAGGUCAAGAUAUUUUCAUGACAGAAGAACAAAAGAAAUACUACAAUGCAAUGAAGAAGCUGGGAUCCAAGAAACCACAAAAACCUAUACCUCGGCCAGUGAACAAAUUGCAAGGUCUGAUGUUUGAUAUUGUAACACAGCAAGCAUUUGACAUCACUGUUAUGGUUCUAAUCUGUCUUAACAUGAUCACAAUGAUGAUAGAAACAGAUGACCAGACUGAACUGAUGCAAAAUAUUUUGUAUUGGAUUAACUUGGUCUUUGUUGUCAUUUUCACUGGUGAAUGUGUCUUCAAAAUAUUUUCACUCCGUUAUUAUUACUUCACCAUUGGCUGGAAUAUUUUUGAUUUUGUGGUUGUUAUUCUUUCAAUAAUAGGUAUGUUUCUAGCUGAGGUGAUUGAGAAGUACUUUGUAUCACCCACUUUGUUCAGAGUUGUUCGACUUGCCAGAAUUGGUCGAAUCCUGCGCCUCAUUAAAGGCGCCAAGGGAAUCCGCACUCUGCUUUUUGCUUUGAUGAUGUCUCUUCCUGCUUUGUUCAACAUUGGGCUGCUGCUCUUCCUGGUCAUGUUCAUCUACGCAAUAUUUGGCAUGUCCAACUUUGCCUAUGUCAAGAAAGAAGAUGGGAUUGAUGACAUGUUCAACUUUGAAACAUUUGGCAACAGCAUGAUCUGCCUGUUUCAGAUCACCACGUCCGCUGGCUGGAAUAAUUUGCUCAACCCAAUUCUGAACAGUGGGGAGCCAGACUGUAACCCUAACAAAACUCAUCCAGGGAGCUCUGUGAAAGGUGACUGUGGUAACCCUUCUGUUGGGAUUUUCUUUUUUGUCAGCUACAUUAUCAUAUCCUUUCUGGUAGUGGUGAACAUGUACAUUGCUGUGAUUUUGGAGAACUUCAGUGUUGCUACUGAAGAAAGCGCUGAACCCUUGGGCGAGGAUGACUUUGAGAUGUUCUACGAGGUUUGGGAAAAAUAUGAUCCUGGUGCAACACAAUUCAUAGAAUACAGCAAACUGUCUGAUUUUGCAGCUUCUCUAGAUCCUCCUCUUCAUAUACCAAAACCAAACAAAGUCGAGCUUAUUGCAAUGGAUCUACCUGUGGUGAGCGGUGACAGAAUUCACUGCCUUGACAUCUUGUUUGCUUUCACAAAGCGUGUGUUAGGGGAAAGUGGGGAGAUGGACGCUCUCAGAAUACAGAUGGAAGAUCGGUUUAUGGCAUCCAACCCUUCUAAAGCUUCCUAUGAACCAAUUACAACCACACUGAAACGAAAGCAGGAGGAAAUUUCUGCCACUAUCAUUCAGCGUGCUUACAGACGUCAUCUUCUAAGACAGUCGGUAAAGAAACUUUCAUUUAUGUAUCAGAAAGAUGGGGGUGAUCAGCUUAUCAAAAAAGAUAUGAUUGUUGGUAAGCUGAGUGAAAACUCAUCUCCAGAGAAAAUGGAUAUGUCUGCAUCCACCACAGCUCCGCCUUCCUAUGAUAGUGUCACGAAACCAGAAAAAGAAAAAUAUGAAGAUGACAAAUCAGAAAAGGAAGACAAAGGAAAAGACAGAAGAGGAAAGAAAAAGUAAAAGGCAGAAGUUGUCCAUGAUGAAUGUUUGCAAGCUUGAAAAUAUGAUGUUUUUGUCAGUAGCACUCUUACUGGAGGAUUAUGCCAAAAUUAUAAGUUUUUACAUAUUUACCCCUGCUGCACUCAGUGCCUGUCCAAGACAAUGAUCCUUCACUAGUAAACUCUUGUUCUGUAACAGGGAAACAAACUUGCAGAGCAAUAGUUUUGAUUAUUAGCUCUUACUAAAUGAGAGGGGACACAAAAUUUCUACUUGGACUACAGGAACCCUUAAGGGAUCCUAAUAAGCCUGUAAUUUUGUGGAAUAAGUGUGUCCACUGUGUCCAUUUCAUCUCCUAUCUGUGUUCCAUGUGUGUCCAUUCUUUUUCAUGAUCUCGUUUGCUUUAAUAACAUAUUGCUUUAUUAAUUCUGGCGUGCUGAGAAAACAAAAUCUAAAUACUUCUUGUUUAGAUAAACACUUAAUAAUACUCUUAUGUGCAGAGAAACACAAAUGUCAGGAAUAUAUAUUUAUGGCAUCAUAAUAUGAACAUAGUUCUCUCAAGCUACUUCUAAAUGCAGAGAAACCAGGAUUCCAGAUUAUCAAACCUCAGGAUGUAGAUCAAAGAAGCAGCAAACUAUAAAAAAAAACAACAGAGUCCAGACAGAGAAUUUGUCAGUAAAUCCAACAAGGUAAUAAUUCUCACAGAAGAGGUUAGUAACUUAUUCUUUUAAUAUAUUUAUUUUUAUUAUCUUCUAGUAGUUCUUAAUUUAUUGUACUGUCCAUUUCAGAUCAGUGGUUUAAAUAAAAGAUGCUACAUAGAGCUCCUGUUUGGAAACUGUGAAGCUAUGAAAAAAAAUUACUUUCAUAUACAAAAUGGCUCAUAAUUCCUGAAACAUUCAAACAAUUAUUUUCACAGAAAAGCUACAAAUGCCAAAUUCUUCCUAUGAGAAAUUAUAUAUUUUUUUAAUGGUGUGUUUUGACCCUGUAAUAUUGUGUGUAGCUUCCAUAUUUUAUUUACACUUCUUAUUUCUCAUAAGUGUAUCCCACUUUGGAAAAAAUCAAAGCUAUGAGUAUAACUUGAUAGCAGAGUAACUUAGGGGACAAAUACUACCUUAAUAUAUACCUCAGAUUUAAAUUUCCUUACUUGGUAAGGAUAGAUCAUAGAAACACAAAAUACACAAGAGAGGUGGUUUUGACAUCCCCUUGGCAACUUAGUCAGGUUUCCACUUUAAUAUAACCUUCUGUAGAGAGCUGAGAUGACCAAAAAGAUGUACUGAAAUCAGCUUUGUCCUGCACUGGGGUUUAGUUGAGCUUUUUUUCAUUCAGGCUGACACUAUACAUGUAAGUAAAAUACCUUCUGUUAUUUAAUCAGUUGUUUUACACAGUGGUACCUUUUUGAACAAAGAAACAAUGACCUAAUUACCAUAUAUGUGUCAAAUAUGUACCCUAAGUUAAGUUAGCUGAGUAAGUAAGCUAAGUAAGUUAGCUUACAACAUUUCAAUAGAUAUUAUGAUAUAUUCUGUGAUACUUCAAAUAAUUGGAAGCUCUAACUGAUGCAUGCUUGCUGCUAUUAUCCUACAGCUGUUAAAAUUUAACAUGGGAAGAAAUGUGAGUGGUAAAAAGGAAAACUGUUUGACAAGACCAUCAUUCCUCAUACCAGUAAGCAAUAGUUUGCUGCUAUUAAAGAUUUUAUUUUGUGUGAGUGUAGUAAUCAGCAAAUAUGCAGUAAGGUACUGGACUAUACAGGACAAACAGAUGGCUUAAAAUAUGGGGCUAGAAGAAAAUGUUAACAUAUAUUCCUUUUAUUUUAAAAAUAGUUUUAUUUUAUAACAUUUUAUACCUGCUAUAAGAAUUACGCGUAUUUUCCUGUUGUUUUAAUUUUUAUUGCUGUCUUUGACACUUUGACACUGUUCAGAAACCUAAGAUACAAUGUGUAAUUGAAAAUUUCUGCUAAUUGCUUUAAACAGCUGUUAAUAAGGAAUAAUUUAAAAGCCAAUGGACAGUACAAUUUUUUUCAGAUCCGUAGGUAGGUCUUUUUAUGUGAAACAAGAUAGAAGGCCUUUUUUAUGUCUGUUUAUUUUCAGGGUAAUCUUGGUCAUGCCAACAUUGCUUUUUCCCCAGAGUUAAUCUCACACUGUCUGCUUUGCUUAUUGGUGUACACUGCAGUAGAAACACUUUAAAUAUAAUUUGUUAUUCAAAAAUCUUCCUUCAUGAGGAUGAGUAGUGAACUUGUGCAAUGGGCAGUGCAACACUUUGCAUUUCUUUCAAAAGAACUAGAAUAUUGAUGGGCUCCUGCUUUUACAGAAAUUAUUGGCUCCUAGUGUAUUGAUGAACUGCAUGCAGGAAGUUGUUUUACCAAAAAAUAACUACAUUGCUAACAACCCAGAAA